GGUUGGUUGGGCACAGACUGCAGUGCAUUGCAUCUUCUGAUAUGGAUGGUGGGGUGGGUGGAUGGAUGAAUCUUUAUCUGUUUGCCAUUCAAAUUCACCUUUUCCAUCUUCAUCUUUUCUUCUUCUGAACAAUCCAUACUUUCUUUCUUUUUCUCGUCGUCUCUUGAAUCUAUUCGAUCAAUCUCCUCUUCGAAAACCCGUACACUCUCUUACAGCCAUUCCAUUACACAGCAGUUGUGGAUCUUCGGAGAAUAUCAAUACAUACACAACACCAUCAUUUAUUCCAAUCAAUCAACCGCGGGGUGUCGAAACAAGAAACAUGUCGUCCAUCACCAACGACGCAAGUAACCAGGCUGAGCCGUCUAUUCUUAAAGCUGCUGCUGCACAACGAUCAUGGACCGUGGAACAAGUAGUCAAGGAAGAAUUUCCCGUCGUACCAAAAGAGAAUUCGGAAUCUCCAGUUCCAUUCUUUCACAUGCUGGAGCGACUGAAGACGACCAAGCGUGAAGGAUGGCGUCGCUUUGGCAUCGAGAGAGGAGAAUCCAUUUCCGAUCACAUGUAUCGAAUGUCACUCAUUACCAUGUUUGCUCCCAAAUCUCUCUCGGCCAAGAUCGAUAUUGCACACUGCACCAAGAUGGCUCUCAUUCACGACAUGGCCGAAGCACUUGUUGGAGACAUCACACCAGUAGACAAUGUACCCAAAAGCGAGAAGAACCGACGCGAAGCUACCACGAUGGAAUAUUUCACCAAGAAUCUCCUCGGACGUGUGAAUGGCGGAUUGACGGGCGAAGAAAUCAAGAAAAUCUGGCAAGAAUAUGAGGAUUCAGAGACAUUGGAAAGCAAAUUUGUUCACGAUGUCGACAAGGUGGAGCUGAUUUUGCAAAUGGUGGAAUAUGAACGUGCGGAUAAGAAUGGAUUGGAUUUGGCGGAAUUCUCGUGGGUGGCUACGAAGAUUGUUCUUCCGGAGGUGAAGGCGUGGGCGGAUGAAAUUCUGGCGGAGAGAGAGGAAUUUUGGGCGGGCAGAGAACACAGGGUUUUUAGUGACGUGCAGAAACCGGAUGAGGAGAGAGUUGCGCAGCAUGAUCAGUAUUAUGGAGGGAAGGAAAACAAGAGUGCGGAGCUUUAGAUGUAAUGAGGGCGGUGGAUGUUGAAGGGAGGAAUGGCAUUGGGAAGGGAGGGUAGAUGGGAGAUGAUACCAUUUGCUAUUGUAAUAGAGAACUAGAUACCAGAUACCAGAUACCAGAUACCAGAUACCAGAUAUCAGCACCAAUAAUAGAUAGAUGAAUAGUUUGGGGGAAAUAUCCAAACAUUUAAUGCCA